AUGAUCCGCUCGGAGCUAGACAUAGCAGGUCGCGAGGGGGCACUCAAGCUUCUGGUCGAGCUUAAAUUCCCGCCCAUCGACUGCAAGCGCGUGCUUGACAGCCUGUUGUCGACAACACCAUCCAAUCACUCCAACAAGACCAAUAAGUCGAAGUCGCGCAUUAGUGAUGCAACGGAGUCUUCGGCCGUGAAGGUGCCGGCCUGCGUUCCUGAGGCCUUCGCCGACGUAUUCAAGGCAAUGAACUCACAGAGUGAUGCCAGCAAGUUCAAUGUCCUCGCGGCAACCGAGGUUAUCAAGGCGGGCGUUCUUUGGACCGACAUCAGCGAGGGCCUGGCACCCCGGAACGACACCCCUGCUACGACACCGAUUCAUAUCAAGACCAUCAUAACGCACUGGAUGACUGUACUGUGCCAUAUCAAGACCAUUGGCAAGGGCAACCUCCUAUCCCUAAAGAGGAACAGCACGGCACGGAAGGAGGUCGAAGCAGCUCUCCUUAAAAGCAUGAAAACGUGCAUGCAGAAUUACCAAGGCGGGCUCAAGCCAAAGGGCUACGAGGGCAUGUUCAACACGGUGCGGACGGAGGUGAAACAGCUGAAGGAGCAGGGCACCUGGGAGGAGCCGACAGAUGACAUGCGGCAGAAGGCCGACAAGGAAGCCAGGGAGAAGGCCUUGGCAAUCUUUGGGCGCAUCAAGCAGAAGGCGGGUUUCGUGGACAAGAAGAAGGAUGACACAGAGCAGGGCGGCAAUGCAGCUGCCGCCGAAACACCAGCUGGUGCCGAAGAGGUAGCCCCUGUCCAAGUUCCACGACAGCAAGAGCAGCAGAACCCCGCCAACCCGCCGACCAGUGAUGAGGGUGACGGGACAGCUGCAGAGAUGGUACAAUAUUACCCCGACCCCUUUGUUACCCCUUGGUAAGGGGUUACCCCUACCCCUUUGUUACCCCUUGGUAAGGGGUUACCCCUACCCCGGGGUUAGGUUACCCACCCCCCUUCGUACAUAGCCACAUGGGUAACCACUUACCCCUACCC